AAACCUCAUUGCAUUUGCCCUGAAUUCUUUUACUUUCACUUUGCUCUUUAAAAGGCGUGUUUUCUGGGGCAGAGCGAAAGGAAGAGCUGACCUGAACAAAGAAAGUUUGAGAGUAGCUGCGUCAGAAACUUACUGCUGACAUUAUCCAGAAACCGGCAGCUUUAGUGACAGUCCAGUCGGUUGACCUGCUUCUGCCAUGUCCUCUGACAACGUGGCCGAUGCCGAGCAGGAGCUGGGGGAACAGGAGCCCACCUUGAGGAUCAUGCUGCUUGGGAAGAGUGGAGCUGGCAAGAGCUCUAGUGGGAACACCAUCCUCGGUAGACAGGCGUUUAAAUCCGACAUGAAGCUGACGAGAGUCACUCGACACUGUGAGAAAGAGGUGGGGAAGGUUGGGAACGUGCCCGUCGCGGUGAUCGACACGCCAGGGCUCUUUGAGACCGACCGCAACAAGGAGGACAUAGUCCGAGAGAUCCUGAUGUGUGUCAAACUCCAGGAGCCAGGAGCUCACGCCUUUGUGUUUGUAGUGCCUUUAGGCAGGCUGACCCAGGAAGACCAAAACACCACCGCACUGAUCGAAACUUUGUUUGGUCCAAAAGUGUGGGACUACACCAUCGUGCUCUUCACGCACGGAGAUCAGCUGGAAGGAAAAACUAUAAACGAUGUCAUCUCCGAGAGCGACGACAACCUCCGCAACUUCAUACGCAAGUGCAGUGGUGGCUUCCAUGUGUUCAACAACAAGGAGCCGGAAGACCAGAAGCAGGUGACCAGCUUCAUCGCAAAGAUCCAGACCCUGAUGGCCCUGAACGGAGGGGGUCAUUACCACACAGCGCUGUAUCCUGAAAAGGAGAGGAGGAUCAGGGAGAGACAGGAGAACAUCCUGGCAGAGAAAGAUGCUGAGAUCCGCCGCAAGGAGGCGGAGCUGAAGGAACGGUACGAGGGGGCCGAUCUGGAGAUGAGGAAGAAGAUGCUGUGGAGGAAAGAGGAGGUCAAUGCGAGGCAGGCUGCUGAGCAGCAAACCAACAUUUUCAGCAUUUGGAAACCCCUCCUGCUGCUGGUGCUGCUGAUUCUGCUGGUAGUCCUGGCUGUUCAGGUAUCACCUGUGUGGCUGCUAGGACUAGUCCCCUGGAGUUUCAUUUUCUUCAAGAUGUUUCCAACUAUCUCCACAAAAAUGCCAUGGCUGUCUAAGAAAACUGAAUAGAUGUCCUUUGAGUUAGACUCCCCCUGCUGACCUGAGCUCGCCGGGUUCUGCACAACCCCCCAUCACUGAACCUCUGCCGUAGCUCACAACUCUGACAAGUCAUCCACCAUGCCCCCCUCACCUGCAGUGGGUGAAGCCUGAGAGGUGGUGUGCCCCUCGUCCCUGAAAGAGGGCCAUGAGAGGCGUUUAGGAGGGGGAAGGGGUGGAAAGUAACAGGGCCACAGCCGGCCAUGAGGUCCCUGAGGUUUUGUAUUAUGUGUCUGAACACGUUUUUAUUUUCAGAAUGAAAUUGUUUUGAUAUCGUUAUAGCCUAAAAUCCCCUGCUAAUGCAAUAAAUGUGCAUGUGAGGUGGAUAGCCUAGGCUAGUCCUGGUCAGGACCGGCUCCUCACUGGACACAUCUCCCAGUCGGGACAUGUCUGUGCACAAUAUUUUAACAGGGCUGGGUAAACAAACUGGGCACACCUGCUAAACCGACCACUUACUCACCAUCACUGUGAAGUCUUUUCUCUUGUAAACGCACACUACAAUGUUUGAAAACCCUUCCAAUAGAGCACAAAUCACGGGUUUAUGUAGCUUGUCCUGGUGUGUUUUGGAGUCUCCUUUUCCUCGCUCUGGUGCACCAAGCAGCAGUUUGCUCACUACCGUCACCAGUGGUCGGGGGGGGGACACCCACUUCACCUGGACCAGUCACAACGAGAAUCCGACUACCGUUAAAUUAAAGGACUGCUGAUUCUUUUCGCCAUGAAAUGUGUUUCACCUUUUGGAAUCCAACGUUCACAUCUUAAAAUGAUUUUAAAUAUACUGUCUUCCUUUCCAACAUCUCAACUCCAUGUGGGGUGCCAACCUCAGUACGUGCACUUUUAUUCAUCUGGAUUUGUACAUAUUUCUGAACUAUUCAGUUAUGGCCUACACCUUAGUUUGAAGUUAUCCUAGCAACCUAAUUAGUCAGAACACCUGCCUCAAGUUAUGCAUGCAGCAUCAUGUUGACCUUUUCAUGCAUGAAUUAUGAUUAACACCAGUAUGUUUCUUUAGGUGUUACUUGAUGCUACCAUAUGAUUUUUUUUACCUCCAGGGGUCUCCUCCUCAAGAACGAUUGGCUAGCCUCCUAAGCUACUCAGCCUUUCUUGCUUUCCAUCAGCCAUCUUGGUUUUGAAAAAAUAUUUUUGCACUAAACAGUGGCUGACCAAUGGGUGGCAUAGUAUAGGAUGACACGCUAGCAUCCACUGUAAUGGGUGAUAUGCAACUACACAGUCAGAACUCAUGUGCAUACAAGAAAACAGCUUUUAAAUAGCCGUCUAAUGUAGUGACCACUAUGCAUGAAAAGGUUAAUAAUCAAUGAACUGUGUGGACCUCGGUUCCAACGGCCCUGGACAGUAGCACAGCUUAACGGAUCACCACACAUAGGCUUUGUUUAAACAAGACAAACUGUAGGUUCUUGGCACAUAGUUCAUGGUUGUCUUUGCUGCCCUUGUUCUGUUUGUUCAUGAUUGUUUUGCCAUGUAAUUCUGAUAAAUGUUUAGUGUGGUAUUUUACCCUUUUUUAAAAAAAUAAUAUUGUGACUGAUUUGAGAUUUCAUUGGACAUGGAUGUGAAAAGCACAGUGCGGUCUUCCUGUUAUUGCAGUAUGAUUUCAAAGUAUUGAUUCCUUUGUUACACUUUAAGUAUUUUACUGACUGACCUGUUUGGUUUGUUUAUGAUUAACUGUAAAUUCCUCACAAAGUUAAACUCUUUAUACUCGAU